AUGGCCUCUUCUGUUUGGAGAUGUGCCAUGUUGGCUGCCACAUUGCUGUCAAGCCAGACUGUAGCCCAGACAUACACAUCAUGUAACCCCCUCAGUUCAACCUGCCCCGCGGAUACCGCCCUCGGCAUGGCCAUUGAUGUCGACUUUACACAAGGAGAGGUGAACUCGUUUACCAAAUCAGGCGGCGAACCCACGUACGGCUCCGACGGCGUAACUUUCACGGUUAGGCAGAGCGGCGAUGCGCCACAGCUCACUUCUGUCUUUUACAUCAUGUUUGGUCGAGUCGAAAUCAGCUUGAAGGCUGCUCCUGGCGCCGGUAUCGUGUCUUCCUUCGUUCUACAAUCCGAUUGCCUUGACGAGAUCGACUGGGAAUGGCUCGGCGCCGACUCGACCGAGGUACAAUCCAAUUAUUUCGGAAAGGGUAUAACCAGCUCAUACAACCGUGGCCAAUUUCAUCAGACGGGAAAUAACCAAGAUGGCUUUUUUACUUAUGUGAUAGACUGGACAAGUGAUCGAAUCAUUUGGACUGUGGAUGGGACUGUAGUGCGGACGCUCCAAGCUUCGGAAGCGGAGGAAGGCCAGUAUCCCCAAACGCCGAUGCAGGUUAAAUUCGGCGCAUGGUCCGGAGGCGACUCUGGAAACCCUCAAGGCACGAUCGAUUGGGCGCGCGGUCCUACCGACUAUUCCCAGGGACCUUUCAGCAUGAGCGUAAAGAGCGUCAAAGUGACGGAUUACAGCACAGGUCACUCAUACACUUACGGUGGCAAUUCCGGCACGUGGCAAUCUAUCCAGGCGAACGGCGGCCAGGUCAAUGGUAACUUGGGCAAUGCUGGCGUUCUUACUACCACAGCAGUUGCUAGCGGUUCUACCGCGACUGGGUCGGCUAAUGUUCCCGCCGGCGGCAUAGGCGGCUCAGGUAGCCAAGGUUCAAGCAAUUCUAACAACUUACCUCAAGGUUGGGUUAUGACUUCUGAGGGGAAGAUAGUACCAUCGAGUUCGACCAUCUUACGCCCUGUAUACCCUUUCGUUUUUAUAUUCACCCUCUGUGCUAUUCUCGCAAGUGGCCGAAGAUUUUGGCCUUGA